GUAAAAUUGUUUUCUUGAUUUUUACGUAACGUACAUAAAUUGGCGAAUUAACUUCACAAAAUUCUGGCAACACUGGCCUGUGGUGACAUUCCUACUAUAUCUUUCUAAUUUGUGGUGACAUUUUGUGAUUCUUGAAAUUCUUCUUUGACUGAUUGUGGAACCUGAAAGACAAGAUGAUAAAUGAUUAAAAAACCGUGAACUUUCGAAUCAUUAAAGAGAAACGAAUUUCUCCAGUUAGAAAAAAUAAACAUUAUUACAAUCGUACAGGUACCUACUGAGCACUGUUAAUGGUUGUGGUCCUGAAUCCGUGAUAGCGAUAAGAGCCGGGGUAGGGCUGUGGCUCGUGCGCCGCAGCCACCAGCAAAAUCUGGCUCUGUCAGGGGUAGUAUUUCACUAUUGACUCCGUGCCGGAGCUAGUCAAGACAAUGGAGAACAUAAAGUCAUGGUCGGCGGAGGACGAGGCCAUCAUCGCCACGAAUACUGACGCGACAGAGUGCAAGCGCUGCGCCGUGGAGCUGGGCUACUGGAAGGAUGAGUACAUCAGUUACUUCGUGAAGCGCGCCGAGCGCAAGGCACCCGAGAUCAACCGCGGCUACUACGCGCGCGUCAAGGGCAUGGAGAUGUUCAUUCAUCAGUUUCUUGAGCGUUGCGGCACCAAGUGUCAAAUCAUCAACUUGGGGUGCGGGUUCGACACGCUGUACUGGCGGCUGGAAGACGCGACACGCGCCGGCGUCAACUUCGUGGAGCUCGACUUCCCCGCCGUCACGGCCAAGAAGUGCCACAUCAUCAAGCGCAACAAGCGGCUGCUGCAGAAGAUCACCAGCGAAGACGGCGAGGUGAUGGUGGGCGCCGGCGGCGGCGCGGGGGGCGCGGGGGGCCCGGGGGCCGAGCUGCACGCCGACGGGUACCACCUGGUGGGCUGCGACCUGCGCCAGGCGGGCGAGGUGCGGCGCGCGCUGGCGGCGGCGCGGGUGUCGCCCGCCGCGCCCACGCUGGCGCUGGCCGAGUGCGUGCUGGUGUACCUGCGCGGCGACGCGGCGCGCGCGCUGCUGGCGCAGCUGGCCGCCUUCUUCCCGCGGCUGGUGCUGCUGGUGUACGAGCAGUGCAACCUGGCCGACAAGUUCGGCGAGGUCAUGCUGCGCAACCUGGCGGCGCGCGGCUGCCGCGUGCAGGCCGACGCGUGGCAGUGCGAGGCGCCCGAGGCGCAGGCGGCGCGGCUGCGCGCGCUGGGCUUCGACGCGGCGCGCGCCUGGGACAUGGACACGGUGUGGCGCGCGCUGCCCGACGACGACCGCGCGCGCGUCGAGGCGCUGGAGAUGCUGGACGAGCGCGAGCUGCUGCAGCAGCUGCACGCGCACUACGCGCUCACCGUGGCCACCAAGGGGGACCUCUUCGCCGACAUGGACCUCAACGCGUAGACGCCGCGGCGUCUGUACAUAGCCCGACUACUGUUUCUGUCGGCGACGGCCGAUGUCUUUCUUCGAAGCCUCUCGCCGACGUUUUAAGACACGUGGUGACUAACUUUUCACACAAAUUUUAAACACGAAUAUCCGUCGCAUUUUUAUCCCGAACGAAAAUGUUUCCCCAAUUUGUUAGCAUACAAAUCUAUCUGACCUUUGCAAUUAGAUAUCGGAUUUCUUCAGUGAACGUUCCAUUCGAUUGGUCUUAGAAGGCUACUCUUUCGAACAUUGGCGAUAGAUGUCUGAUGGUCUCUCUGAUGGGACUGUCUGCAACUAAACGGAUGUCUGCAUACCAGGUACCUUUGCACAUGCCGUUGACAGCACAGUUAGCUACGAUACUUGACCAAUGCGAAGGUCAGUGGAGAGGAAAUCCAGUCUUGACGAGAGUCCAUGGUUAGCCGUUUAGACUUGACGCUCAAGGCAGUCCCCGAUUGGAGCGAUGCCAAUCUUGUCAAAUUUAACGCUACCAAAACG